UCUGACUGAUGAUGUCACAAUGACCAGCAGUGUUUAUUGUGCCAAGUAGCAAGACAAGCUUCAGUGUUCUUAUUAACUAGUACUCAGGGCAUUCCUGCUCUGUCUCUGACCAGAAUUUUGGCCAUAGAUUUUUUUUUAUGUCCCAAUUGAGAAAGAUGUCCAUUCAAGGACUACACUUGAUGUUUCUUCUGUUGUUUGCCGGCUUAUUGGAGGAAAAUUCCUGCAUUUGUGAUGGAACUAUCUGGGCUAAGGUUGGAUGGGAGAUAUUUCCUGAAGAAAUGCUUUAUCUGAAAGUUGAGCCUUCUCCAGCUCACUGUCUGCCUUACCCUAUGGACAAACUAUGGUGCAAUUUUUUUAAUAUGGAUGUAAUUGCGAGUCUUGUAUAUCUCGUGUGUGUUUUAGGACAAGCUAUCUCUCUAAUCCUUCUUGCUUUAUCUGUGCAUUACCUGUGGAUGAAGUGGAAGAGACACAAGAAAGAACUGAAAAAACAAGCCUCCAUAGAUACAGUUGGUAAUGAACCAGAAAGCCAGUCCAUCAAUGACAUAGACCAACUACUCUUUAAACUGUUGGCCACGACGUCCAUGAUGAGCGAGUACCUGGACCGGAAGGCCCAGCGUCCUUCGUCUAAGAAAUUCAAGCACGGAAAGCUCAAGUAUAAGAACCGAGGAGGAACCAGAGGACACCAAAAACACGUGCAUGUAGAUCCGUCCAAAAUGGAGACCACACAAAGUGCCUAGGAGAGAACUCGUAUAAGGUUCAAAAUGGUUCUCUGUGAGCCUUUCUCAUUUUUUUUUUUUUUUUUUUUGCCACAUUCUUUACUGAAACUUUGCAAAGAAGCCCAGGUUGAAGAUAUUUCUAUUCAACUGAAAAGGCAUCCAUACUUACUAAAGUACUGGGGAAAAGACGGUCCACAGCCACUAUUCAGAUUUAAGUAUUUUGUUCUUUUUAAUGCAUCACAUUACAAAUCAUUAAUCGAUCUGUAAAUUAGAAUCUUUAGUGUUUUAAUAAAUCUCUGAUUUAAAUAAUA